ACUGAAGUCGGAGAUUUCGGAUCCCAGUUGUUUUGAAUGCGGCAGUUGUUUAAAUCAUCUUACAUUUUGCAUUAAGGUGAACAUGUAUGCCUUUGAAGUCGUAAUUGUACUAUCUGUGAAAGUACGGAUAAAUGCUAAGACAUUGUAAAAUAUUCCGAUUGAUUUUCAUUUGUGGAGAAAGUGGCGAAGCAACAGGGUUGACUCCGCCACGAAAAUAAAACCACGAAGUAAGGAAUUUUUCAAUGAGCGUGUCGAAUUUGGUCAACAAAAUAUUGAUUUGCUACAUAAAGCUUAUUUGAUCGAAUAGACGUUUCGUAAUGGCUAUGUUGUUAAGAAUGCAGUGGUAUAAGUGGACGCACGUGGCAUGUCGUCAACUUUGAAAAAAACUACUUUAUAUCGGAGUUGUGCUUGGGGUGCAUUCAGUUCGCUUGAAUGUUUGCUACUUUGCGGAAUGGUUUGUACUGAACGACACAUUUCCUCAACUUUUUUGAACAUACUUUGGGGUACGUUUGCUCCAUUUAGACAUAUUCUCUGCCAUUAUAACGUCUGUGACAGUUUGUGCAGGGCCGUUGUGGCUACAACCCAUAGUGGCUACAACCCCAGAUGACUACUUUAAAAUGUAGGAAGUCUUCAAUGGCGCUGCGCAUGCUAAAACGUUAUUUUGGCCACUAGAGGCCUCUGUCAUUCUGUAUGGUUUGCUCCUGUUUGGUGGGUGUGGUUUGAAGCAAUGAGGACGUAAUUAAAGGGGAGUGGCCAUGAUGACAGCGUUCCAAAACAACAACGUCAACUGGACGUUCAGUACAGCGCCAUUUCCAUUCAAUUGAACGCAGCCCUGUUGUUCACACGCGUAUCUGUUUUCUCAUUGGCUAGAAUGGUCCCACCUGAUCUAGCCUUCUCCCACCUGACAUAUUUGAGGACAUGUAUUUCCAUUGUUAGAGCGGUCACCCGACUAUCUUGACAAUAUAUUAAAACAUCUUGGAGCGAAUGUUUGCGUAAUAUUUUACGUAAGACAGCGAGCGUGAUUACGUCAAUGUCAGGCUUUGCGUGUUUGUUGUAAAGCACGAGAGAAAUACUCGGUUGCAAUACGUUGAAGAAUAUCAGUGAAGUAGGUAAAUACAUCCCCAGGUUUCUUAAUCAGCUUGCUGUCGAGCCUUAUUUUAUGUCAUUUUGCACGAAAACGACCAGUGAUUCUACAGCCAUGGAUCUCAGUGACAUGCGAAAAAAAUACAAAGGAGACGAAGAGUGCUUUGAAGAGAAUCAUCUUGUUUCUCUGGACCCCAUCAAGCAGUUUGGAGAUUGGUUUGAUCAAGCCACAAAGUGUCCUGAAAUUGGAGAGCCCAAUGCAAUGUGCAUCGCCACAUCCACCAGAGCUGGACGUCCAUCUGCUCGAAUGGUCUUGUUAAAAGGCUACAGUAAAGAAGGCUUCCGGUUCUUUACCAACUACGAGAGCCGGAAAGGUGGAGAGCUGGAGAGCAACCCUUAUGCAAGUCUGUGUUUUUACUGGGAGCCCAUCAACAGGCAGGUCCGUAUCGAGGGCAACGUGGAGAGAAUCCCCUACCAGAGCUCCUGUGACUACUUCCACUCCCGGCCCAAGAGUAGCCAGAUCGGGGCCGUUGUGAGCAGACAAAGCACUGCAGUCCCUGACAGAAAUUACCUGAGGCAGAAAAAUGCAGAGCUGGAGGAAAAGUACAAGGACACAGAUGUCCCCAUGCCCGACUACUGGGGAGGCUAUAUCGUCAAGCCUUACUUGAUAGAGUUCUGGCAGGGUCAGACCAACAGGCUACAUGACCGCAUCGUCUUCACACGGCUGAAAAAUGGAGAGGGUGUUCUAGAAGAGUAUGAACAUAAUGCUGAUGCGGGCUGGGUCUACCAGAGGCUAUCCCCUUGAGGUCGGUUACAUUAGGGGAAAUGGACUAAAGGCAAGGCUGGAGAUUGGGCCUAGCGUACAGCUCACUCAUGAUGUCAUCAUCGUCAACUAAAUGACCACCGUCAUCUCAAUGCAGUAGGAGCCUCUCAUGUUGAAUGGAAGACCUAUUGAUGUUGAAUAUAUGUGCUAUAUGUGUGUCUUUAAAAAAAGCAAAUUCUGGCUUGUUUUCUCCAAUCGUUCUUGUUUAGUACCAAAUCAAGGAGCGAUUUUUCUGGCUGGUUAGGAGGCCUGAUUGCCUGUUGUCUCCAGGGCAACAAUGGGAAAUGAUCAACGUGAUGCGACUAUACAGUCUAGCACGUAACCUGUGACGCAAGGUUUUACGAACCUCAAUAUGCUGUAUGGCACACUUUACAUUCCCUGACGCUUGACGUGCAAAGUCUGUCUAGAACAGUAGUCAAUGUUAGAUAAUUAUUGACAGUUAACCGGUUAUCCAAUGAAAAUGCAUUUCCGUGACCUCAACAACCCCUGGAAACUCUGUACUUGUAAAAUGCGCAAUCUCCAGUACUGUCUCUGUUUUUUAACAUUUGUACUUGAGUUCCACUGUAUUGGAUGACAUGUUCUGUCUAGCAGCAAUUAAUAUCUUCUAACGGCCCAAAUCCACUGCAGUUUCUCUGUCAUGUAAUACAGAUCGCUUAUUAGGCUGUAGUCCCUGUGUUGAAUUUGUUAUGGAUUGAUUGUCAUGUCUGUGGCUCAAAGUGCCUUUUUUAAUAUAGGUAAAAUAAUAUUAGAAGAUUUGACGCAAGUUCAGUUGUGCCAAGGUAAUUCGGUGAAUAAAGUCAGUCAUGUCUGAGAAUGA